AUGGGCAGUGGACGAAUACCCGAACGACUUCUAAAGAUAUCUCGCCGCGGGUACCAGCCGGCAAUGAAGUCAAACACGCGCUACAAGCAAACUCUAAACAAUUCUCUGAAGCUCUUACAAACCAAGCAGAAGACCUUGGAAGUUCCUACACAGAAUCCAUCGGCAAGGAGAGGGGCAGUGAAAAUUCUUGCAAUAAUUUACAAGGCCAACCGGCUAGCAGCAAAUCUCCAGCGUCUCCAAUCCACAAUGCCAACACCCAACGUCUUCCAAUUCGCCCACGCUGACAACACGCGGAUCGACCUCGUCGGGCAUACCAGGACCUCGUGCAGCAACAACCCAAUAACCAAAACUGCUGUUCCAAUAAACGUUCCCAUCGUCACCACAGCACCAUUACACGGCGACUACGAAGACAACCCCAUUGUUACCAAUUAUCUCGCACCCAAUGCCGCUCCGCGUCGAUCGCAAACGACCCCAUCAUUCCGACCACAAUCCCUAAAAAGCAGUGGAGGCUACUUACCAUUCCACUCCCGCUACCCUCGAGAACACCCCCGACAUUCUGUCAAUCAAUACUUCCCCAUCCUCGCCACCACCACCAACGGUAUCGAUUCGGUCCUACUCGUCCUCACAGUGGUCGCCCAUUCACCUCGCGCCUCGACCCGAUCAGAGACUUUAGAAUCCCUUGUCCUGCAACCGACGUACCAAUGCCAACAGCCUUCACAUACGCUCGCGCAUCCGUCUCCACCGUCCACACUGUCCAGGCACAUUUACUUAAUGCAUGGGUCUAUUCGGUCAUAUGCGUAUCCACAAAAGCGGAAUUUACAACAAUAUCGACACAUCUCUCGUACAUUUCACACCCGACGAAUCUUCCAUCCCAAGUCCUGCCGACUCCUUACCUACCAGGGAGGCCAACACUAA